AGGAGCUCCCAUCCCAAUUCCACAGAGCUCAGAGCUCUCUCUCAUCAGUCUCAUAGACACCAAAAAAAAAAAAAAAAAAAAAUCUCGCCUUCACGGCUUCACUGCUUCCAGCUCAGCUUAGUCAGAGCGGACAAAGGAACGCCGCGUCCCGCCAGCUCCGGUCGCUGCCAAGUGAGAAGACGACGACGAGGCUUCCUCGGCGAAGGAAUCAAGACAUGGACCGGUGCUGGAUAGGGCCACCCAGUGCUGCUUCGUUUUCUGGUUUUUGGCGCCUGUAAUUUCAUUCACCUGCAGCUGCAAAAAAAAAAAAAAAUGUCGCAGAAGCGGCGCACGGAGGAGGCAGCCCGUCCUGAUGAUAAGCGGAGGCGGUUUCCUAAUUUGAAGAGCGUAAUUUUGGAAGUCAUGAGGACGCAGUCCAUCCACUUGCUGGAGCAAAUGCUAGAGCCCUCAAUUCGUAAAGUGGUUAAGGAGGAAGUUGAACAAGCUUUAUUAAAGCACUUUACCUCUAUUAAAAGGAGUUGUGAGAAAGAGGUGCAUCCUUCUGAAGCAAGAAGUUUACAAUUACAGUUUUUGAAUACUCUUUCUCGUCCAGUUUUCACUGGUGCUCGAAUUGAGGGGGCUGGAAAUUUCAAUAUAAAGAUAGCUUUGGUUGAUUGCUCUACUGGUAAAAUUGUCGAUUCUGGGCCUGAGUCAUCUGCGAAGGUGGAAAUUGUUGUUCUUGAGGGAGAUUUUGGAGGUGAUGGCAGCAAUGGUUGGACGCCUGAAGAGUUUAAGAACAACAUUGUUAAAGAAAGAGAAGGAAGGAGACCCCUUCUCGCAGGAGACUUAGUUCUUAAUCUCAAAGAUGGAGUUGCUUUAGUGGAUGAGAUUACCUUUUCAGAUAACUCGAGCUGGACAAGGAGCCGCAGAUUCAGACUGGGGGUUAGAGUUAUUGACAAGUUUGAUGGAAUAGAUAUAAAGGAAGCCAAAACAGAACCUUUCAUAGUCAGAGACCAUCGGGGGGAAUUGUAUAAGAAGCACCAUCCUCCAUCUCUGCUUGAUGAAGUAUGGAGAUUAGAGAAGAUUGGAAAAGAAGGAGCUUUCCAUAAGCGUCUGGCUCAAGCAAAUAUCAAGACUGUCAAGGAUUUUCUUAUUCAGCUGUUUGUUGAUGCAUCAAAGCUUCGAGAUAUUCUCAGCCCUGGCAUGUCUUCCAAGAUGUGGGAAGUCACUGAAGAGCAUGCGCGAACUUGUGUGCUCAACAAGAGUGUCUAUUUGUACUGCCCCCACUCAUCUGAGCUGAAAACUGGCGUUGUCUUCAAUGUUAUGGGACAAGUAGUGGGGUUACUUUCAGAUGGUCACUACAGUCCAAUCAAUAAAUUGUCCGAAACUGAGAAGGCCGAUGCCAAUGAAUGGCUAGUUUCUGCAUCUCAACACUGGGGCGAAGUAGUCUCUUUUGAUAGUGAAGCCUCUAUGAUGGCUUCAUUUUCCCGCAUGAGUAGUUCCCUCUGCAGCCAGAGUUCACUGAGGACCGACAGUUCUAGUACAUCCCGAUUCUUGGCAAAUAACAGAUUUGGAUUUGAUUGUAGAGAGCAAAGUGCAUCUUCUCCCGAUGUCAUGUCUCCCUUCUACUCCUUUGGUGGUAUCAGAGAUUUCGAUGAUUCUCCUGUAAACUAUGAUCAGCCGCUGACUUUCCCUAGUCAAGUUAGCAGCAGCAUUCUAAGCUGCGACUCGGUGACUCUGAAUCAAGACUUUUCUAAUGAGGACCAUCUACUGUUUUUCGAACAUCAGCCCGAUCUACCAUCUAUUGAGAGAAGCUUCACAGCUGAGCGUAAGUCAGAUGCCAUUGGUAAGGCUCAGAGAAGAUGGAGGAAGCUGUUCAAUGUGUUGAAGUGGAUAUUCGUGAGGAAUUUGGUUUCUCGCAAGAAUCCCAUUCAGGAUGCAGCAGUUUCUGUUAAAAGCUGAGAUUUCUACCUCAAAAGCCGGAUUUGCUUUCAUAUCAAAUGAGUUUUGGGUUGCUAAUGAUGUGAGCUGGAUUUUGAUAGUGAGAUCUGUAUAGGUGGUGUUACCUGAGGGUGUAAAUAACUUCAGGAGUAGGCAAAGUGAAGAUGAGGUUGUCAAAUAAUUUCACUUUGUGUUGCUUUUGUUUUCCCUUUUUCCCUAAUUAUACGGCUGCAGGGGCUAUGAGGUUGUCGAACUAUAAAGUUGUGAAACUGCAUCUUCUGUCCAUAGCACUUUUUCAACACUGGCAGGCAGCUGAGGUUGAUGAAGAGAUGGUGAGCAGGGCCAUGCUCCUCACUUGGCUCAGGACCAUUUGCUUACGCAUUGGCUAGAUACGCUCCUCGAUAGUGAUGGGUGUUCGACAUAGAUGACAAGCUUUCCUAUAUUAUCAACUGAGAUAACAACCAUCGAGGAAAAAAAUGAAAACGCUGAGAUAACAGCGAGUGAAAAGUUGCAGAAGAACAUUUUCUCUGUGAUUUUCCCUUCGAGCAAUCCGCUGUACUUUUUCGCAACUGUGCCACAUUUUCGUCAAAUCCAUCUGGGUACCUUCCUCUGGA